AUGUUUCAAUAUGACGGCUCCGAGGCCGACAGUGCCUCGAAUAUUGGCUCUUUGAGCCAUGCUAGAGGAGUAGGAAGAGCUGAGAUUGCGCCAGGACUUCUGAAACGCAGAAAAACCCUGGGACUUAAUACUCGUUUUGAUCGGAUGCUGGCCCAAGUGAACGUUACACAUUUGUACAGUUCUGAUCCGAAAACGCGUCGAAAGCGUGCGCGUUCCUCCGGGUCCUCCUCCGUCAGCAGUUAUGAUCUUCCUAAGACGCCUGUGGACGCAUACAGCCAUGAAUAUAGACUUGGAAGUGACCUCUCUGUGUUGAAGAUGAAUCAAAGGGUGUCAAACCCAGCCAAGUCUCCCCUGGUGCAACGUGACCUCAAAGCAUAUCGAAAGGGCUCUCUAGUACAGGCACCGACAAAGGCCCUACCUAUGUGGCUCGCGAGUACGUUCAGUGCCUUGGAAUCCGAGCAUCCACUUCGGGAGUUGCUUCCUCCUUCUCUGGGUCACAAAGACAUGAUUGAAGCCAGAACUCGAAACGAACCUCGACCAUGUUCUCAAGAAGCCAGGACAAAUCGCAUGUUUGCAUUCUCCCCGUUCGAUGCCGAUGUACAGGAAGAUAAUGAUGCAGCUCAUGGAGCUUCACGUCCACCGUCUGUUGACUCCGCCUUCCGCGACGUUGGGUUGCUGCCUUGUAGCCGGACGACUGUCAACGCGGAGUUCCACCUCGGAGAAGAUACCCUUGAGUUCCGCCCAUUUUCCACUCCCGGCUCGCUCGCCGCUCUACGACACACUGUUAUUUCAAAUGCUGCACCUAACUUAGCCUGCCUAUCAGAAUCACAGAAGACCUCGACGGACGUAAAACCAAAACCACCCCUUUUGUCUCACGACGCAAGCGUCAAUCAUGCCAAUUUCACAUCGUCCCCUGUUUGUCGUCCAACUGUUGCAGAGUCGGAAACUUACUUGACCUCCUUCCGCCGCGGAUCGUCUGUUGCUUCUAACGAUCUUGGACCUCACUUACCGACGCCUGAUUUUCAAGAGAACGAGCUGACGAUGAAUAUGUUUUCCACCCCUGGACCGGCAUUUACCGUUUCUCGACCAGUGUACUUCGAUUCUCCUACUGAAGAUCCAUCGCUGUCCGACCCUCUGGAGCCAGAGUCGUACGAGCUUGAUUUGGACGCACUUGAUUUCCGCUGGCAGCCAUUCUUGAGGAAGACUUUGCCUGAACCCAGCUUGGCCAACAAGCGGACUUAUGCCAUGUAUUCUUCGGCUACAAUUCCUCCUGUCUUUGAAGAGUCUGACGUCCCCUUGUCGCAUUCGCCUCAUUCCUUCUGUGGUAUCGCUGACGAUCAAGUAGCAAUGGCGGGGGCACCUGGCGCACACGUAGAAUCCGACCUUUAUGAUGGACGCGUUCGCGGUUCACCUGUAUCUCGACACGUCAUCCAACGAUCUUCAUCUCCUCAGUCGAAUGGCCAAAGCGAUGCAGUGGUCUUCGCUCCUCCUUCUAGAAUUUUCAUCACAGUUCCUCCCAUCCUCGCAGACCCUGAUGUCCUUUUGUCGCAUUCCCCUCAUGCUUUCCGUAGUGUCGCUGACGAUCGAGCAACAAUGGCAGAAGCAUCUAACGCACCCGUAGAAUACGACCUUCAUGGUGGACCCUUUCGCAAUUCACCUAUAUCUGGACAUGCCAACCAAGAAUCUCCAUCACCUGAGUUGAAUGGCCAAAACGGCGCAGUGGUCUUCGCUCCCGCUUCGGGAAUUUUUAUUUCACCGCUCCAGGGAGCAACAUCAUCCCCUGAUGUCCCUGGUAUUGCCGAUGUACAAGAAGUAAGCCCAUAUGAAACAAAAAGUCUCAUCGUAUGCAAACUCAUCUCGCCAAAGCUUACCGCAGAAAACACAACAUGCACCACAAAGAGCCACGAGCAACCUUUCACGCCCACACGCCCAACUCAGGCGUCACAACCAGCAACACCGAAAAAAGAUCGACCAAGCCAAACACGCAGUACGCCGAUCCCGCCUCGGCAAGAACAACGAUCGACUGUCUCAUGGAUGUUAUCACGUCGGUCGCUUGCAGGGAGGGGCAGCGUUGGCCGUGAUGAGAUUGAGGGAUUGCUUUCGCAGCGUUCAGACACUAGUCAUGACACAAUUGAGUCAUGGGCGGAUGACCAUUAA